AUGAGUAAUAUUACAGCCGAACAGAAGAAACUUCUUCAAUCAACAGUAGCCACUAUGAGAGAACAUGGCAAGGAUAUAACAACGAAAUUCUAUGCUACAUUGUUCAAAGAACAUCCAGAAUUUCGCAAUUUUUUCAAUCAAACAAAUCAACAAACAGGAAAGCAACCUGCAGCACUCGCCGAGACCGUCUUUCAAUUUGUCGAACAUCUUGACAAUUUGGAUGUAAUGACACCACAGAUGUCACGUCUCUCUACCAAACAUCGUGCUGUUACUGUCAAACCGGAGCACUAUCCAGUUGUUGGCAAAUAUCUUAUACAAUCAAUAAAAGAAUAUUUAGGUGACAAAGGAACACCUGAAGUAAUGGCUGCAUGGCAAGCUCUAUAUGAUCUUAUGUCAUCAGUCUUCAUUAAGAAAGAGAAGGAAUUGUACGAUCAACUUGGUAAUGAUGAACGUGAUAAAGGUUUCGUUCCAUUCAGUGUUGCCAAGAAAGAAAAUAUUGCAGCUGGAUCAACACAUCUUUUCACGCUGACACGUCAAGAUGGUGGAAAAAUCUGGCCUUUUACUGUUGGACAAUAUAUUACAGUACGCGUUGAAAAAGAUGGUGUACUCCAUCAUGGACACUACAAUCCCGUCGAACCAUGCAAUGGUAACGAUUACAGUAUCGUUUGUCGGGAAGGACAUAAUGAUCAAAAUACCAUUGUCUCAGAAGAACUUAUUCACAACCGCGCAGUUGGUAGUACGGUCUUAGUUUCAGCUCCAGCUGGUACUUUUGGACUCGUUAAGGAUGCCAAACAACAUUUAUUUAUUGCUGGUGGUAUUGGUAUUUCUUCUUUGAUGGGAAUGAUCAACGAGUUGAAUAAACAAGGAAAAGCAGCUUCAGCAACAGUUAUUCAAUGUGCACAAACUGAAGAUCGUGCUACCUUUGCCAAUCAAUUACGUAAUAUACUUCCAAAAGGUCAACACACAGUUUUGACAAAAGAAAAUCCAAUAUCAAAAGACCAUAUUCAAGGCAAAUUACAGGCAGAUACCCAUGUCUACACGUCUGGUUCGGAAACAUUUUUGGCUGCAGUUGAAAAUAUUCUCAACGGAGCUGGCCAUCCACGAUCUAACAUUCAUAUAAAAUCAAUCGAACCAACACUUGGAUUAUUAAAAGCUAUUGGUCGUAAAUAA